CUUCAAACCGUCAAGGAGAAUUUUCCACGGCUCAAUCAACACCUAAGCAAUUUCGCAAAGAGGUGAUCGCAACAUGAACCCUGUGUUGGAGAGAAAGCCCUGGGAUGUUCACAGUGGAGUUUUUGCUGUUUCUGCCUUGUGUUUAGGUAAGCGGACUACGGCCGUGAACGGGAAAAGAAAAGGCAGCUUGUUUAUAUUCAUUCGUGUCUUCCACAGAAGAUAAAUUACUGUCAGUGAAUAUUUUGAUAAAACGAUAUGAAGAUCUUAAUCUUAAAAACCAAUUGAAAAUACACUUGUUCUUAGUCUGGGACAGUUAUAUAUAUAUAUAUAUAGGAGGGAGAUCAAUUGAUCUUAAGCAGUAUCCUUCGUGGCAUAAAGAAUAAGAGUCAAAGCAUUAUUUAUUGAAGUCUUUAGAUAGAUGAAUGUAUAAUGAAUUGUGACUGGGGCGUUUAUAAAAACAAAACACGAAAGCAGAAAUAAUUUUCUGUUUUAAACGAAGACAUGUUUCCUCCAACUGUAAACUUUUUGCAAGAGAUACUUCUAACCAGCUUUAUGCUAAACCUCCUUUCAACGUUUAAUAAUUACAGGCUUUUGGAUCAACUCUGAUCUUCCGAUCGCUACGUAGAAAACAAACUCCGCGAAAAUUUUAAAAGGAAAUUUCGAAAACCUAACUGAGCUGCGAUUUUCUAGAAAAAUCUUGACCAUUAGAGGUUAUGAGGAACGUACUUAAUUAUAAAAAGUCCAUUUUGGAAAAAAUAAAAUUCAUGUACUUUACUUAAUACUCAGACAUCGCGAUGCUAUAUUUACAGAUGUUUGAAGUCUGGAUAUAAUUUACCAUUGAAUCUACAGGGUUAAAACGAACAGCAAAUGAUAUUUAUUUUGCAAGAUUUUGGCACGAAAACUUAGUAAUCGUACGUAAACAAGAUCUUUAAUCCCAGAAUACAAAGCCUUGAGGGAAACUACGUUGCUCUAAAGAUAUAUUUGUUCAAAAGAUAUAUAUCUUUCUCGAGGGUCUCAAUUGGGUUAACAGAUAGGCGUAAAACGGCCAAAAAUUUAGUCGAUAGCCGUAAAAAUGAAAAAAUUUUAACCGUUAGCCGUAAAUAGAGUUUAAAAAGAGUUAACCGUAAAAGAAACUGUUCCCUAGAUUUGCUGCUUUUAAGGGAGGUACUAAACUCACUUACGGUUGCGUUUUCUAUUUCCCGGCUACUGUGACACCGUACGCACGUUAGGCGAAGCGCCUUUUAGGUGUUGACUAAGACCUAGGCUCCAUUUCCGCCACUCUCUCGGGGAACUAAUUUUUUCCAUAGCGAAAGUGUGGCUUCUUGCUGGGUAGCGAAGUAGCAAUGUCUAAGCGUAAGGUCAAGAUGGCUGGAUAUUGGCCUCGUUCGUUUUGCGUUUUUACGGACCGAGACAAAGUCGAGACCCAUAAAAAGCAAAAAUGAAUCGCGCCAAUAUUCGGCCAUCUGACGAAACAAGCUUGGUCCGAAUAAAGAAUGAAUUAUUUGGCCAAAAAGAAAACUUUUUCUUGCGGGACCAACGCGGGAAAUCCGAGCGGGCAAGGAAGGCCCAUCUUGGCUCCUCGGGUAGCUAAUUAGAACAAGAAACUCGUUUCAUCUUGCCCGCUCGCGGGAGGCAGAGGCUACAGGCAGAAAAAAAAAAUUAAAGCCAAAGAACCAUUGUUUCAACAGGGUUAAUCCUGAUCAUUGGACUUCUUGGCAAUGGAAUCGUGCUAGCAGUAAUCUCAAAAUUGCGCCGGCGAGGUCACAAAACGUCCGUUCAGCUCUUCCUCGUUAACUUGGCCGUCUCAGAUCUGAUGGUGUGUUUGCUGUGCAUUCCCCUGACAAUCUUCAUAAAUUUUUAUUACCCAAAUAAAAUAGCCGAAAGAGAUGUUGGUUUCUGCAAGCUGGCACGGGUUAUGCAGGUAAAGAUUUUAAUGUAAAAUGUAUUAACUGUAACGAUUCCAGGGGACCUGGUGGAGCUGAUAGGCGUCGACACCACUAAUCAAGCAAAACAAUUAAACGUAAUGUUUCUUAAUCAGUGAAAACAGUUAAGAUCAAAGCUCUUUAAUCUCGCGGGAAUAAUGUUCCCACGGCACCAGUUCAUUUGUCUCCUAGCGACACACGUCAACCAGAAUUGGCCUUUUUGCAAUAUUUAACAGUACUGUCUCGCCUAAAUGUUUUGGCAAGUCCUCUCUUCAAGAGCCAAGACACUAAACAUUACAAAUUUCAGCAUCAGCAAUGUCAAGAAUUAAAAGGGAAAACCGCAUCGCACCUCACUUUUCUUUGACCUGAAUCACCAAAACGCUUUGUUUAAAUUUCCACUAUUAUGCUCCGACAAAGGAAAUAAAUAGUUGAAUCAAUCAGAGACAACAAACGGGACUUUCUCCUGCACCCACUGAGGAAACAUCAGUAACAAUAAACGUGUCUUUUCCUGUCUUCAAGAAAAGUGCAAUUUUGUUGCUCAUUAAUAUGUGGACACGUCCUUGAUGCAAGGUUUACACUAGAUGGAUUAUUCCUGACGAAUCCGAAACGUUUUGGUAUCGGAUUGGUUUGGUCAGUUACUCAGGAGAUUUUGAAUCGGACAUCUAAAGCCGAAUGUUGUGUUCAGUGAUUACUGUUCCACGUUUUGUAGUGUAAAUAAUUCUUCCAACGAAUCCGGUGAUCAUAUGAGUUUGCGGUAAAACCAAUUGAGAGGAAAAUGACGGGCGUAAAAGUUCCCGCUUGAAUGUCUCUGGAUUUAUCGAUGUAGCUAAAACGCUUGAGAAUCCAAAUACCCUUAAUAUAUUCAAUAUGAAUAUUAUUUCACUGUACGAAAUAUGGUAAUAAUAUAUAGUCAAACCAUAUCCACAGUAUUCAAUAUUUACUUUAUUCCUUUUCCGCAGCACCUUAACCCAGUAAUCUCAGUCAGCCUGAUGACAGCAAUAAGUGUUGAUCGGUACAUGACAUUUGUGAAGCAGGAACUAACGUGCAUCAAUAGAUCUUGGUAUCUCAGGCCGGCCUGGUUGAUCGUCUUUGCUUGGGUAUACGGUACAGUUCAAUGCCUUCCGAUUUUUUAUACAAGCAAUUUCAUUCCUCUUGAUUAUAACAACAGCACCAUCCACUACUGCAGUACUACACACGGCCAGUCUCUUGUUGGGACGAUUUACCUCGUUGCCUCAGUCUUACUUGGGUUCGUGAUACCUUUAGCAGUCUUAACUAUAUCAUAUCGCAGAAUUAUAAAAGUGAUAUCGACCAGGGAUCGCAGACUUUCCGCGACUGUAGGGAGUAUAUCCAAUCCCACAAUCACAAAUGCCAAGUUGCUGGAAAAGUCCAGAAGAAGGGUUCUUCGCGUGUUGGUGAUUGUAGUUGUUUGUUUUGUUGUCUGCUGGUUGCCUUUCGCUGUCUACUUUGGGCUACUGGUGCAGCAUCUCAGGGAAUUUCCAAACGUUAUGGAUCCGGUGAGUCUCAUAACCUAUGGACUGGGCAUAUCAAACUCAGUCUUUAACCCUUUUAUUUACUUCUUCAACGUUUGCGGUAAGUCCUGUCGUUCUAUGAGAAGUAGAUUUCUUGAGGUAAUGGGAAGUAGCCGGGAGAGGACAUCACUGGAAAGUGUAAGAACAAGCUCGACCUGUUCAAGGACCGCCUGCGUAGCCGAACAAGACAAGGACAUAGUAGAGUUAGAUGUAACCUCUCCUUCUCCUGUCCGAUCAGACAUCGAUAAUACAUGUACAAGAGUUGCAUUCGUGAACGAACUUGCAGAGUUUCAAGGAGAAGGUCUGGAUACCAAGUUCUAA